AUGUACUCCUCCGCGGGGCUCUGGAACUCUACCGAGCAGGUCUGGAUCAACGGCUCCGAGGCAAAUGUGUCUCUGGCAAACGUCUCUCUGGGAAGACAUGGGGUUGUGGAGGAGGAGGAGGAAGACAAUCAGCACCCCUUCCUUACGGACGCAUGGCUGGUCCCCCUCUUCUUCUCCCUCAUCAUGCUGGUCGGACUGGUGGGAAACUCUCUGGUUAUUUAUGUAAUUUCCAAACACAGGCAGAUGAGGACAGCAACCAACUUCUACAUAGCAAACCUGGCAGCCACUGACAUUAUCUUCUUGGUGUGCUGCGUCCCCUUCACUGCCACCCUCUAUCCUCUCCCUGGAUGGAUCUUUGGUAACUUCAUGUGCAAAUUUGUUGCCUUUCUACAGCAGGUGACAGUCCAAGCCACCUGUAUCACUCUGACAGCUAUGAGCGGGGACCGCUGCUACGUCACAGUCUACCCUCUAAAAUCUCUCCGCCACCGCACCCCGAGAGUAGCCAUGAUGGUCAGCAUCUGCAUUUGGAUUGGUUCCUUUAUCCUGUCUAGCCCGAUUUUAAUGUACCAGCGUAUAGAGGAGGGUUACUGGUACGGCCCGAGGCAGUACUGCAUGGAGAGAUUCCCCUCAAAGACACAUGAGAGGGCUUUCAUUCUCUACCAGUUUAUUGCUGCCUACCUGCUGCCUGUCCUCACUAUCUCCUUCUGCUACACUGUGAUGGUGAAGCGGGUGGGCCAGCCAACUGUGGAACCAGUAGACAACAACUAUCAGGUCAACCUCCUGUCUGAGAGAACUAUCAGUAUUAGGAGAAAAGUCUCCAAGAUGGUGGUAGUAAUCAUCCUCCUCUUCGCCAUUUGUUGGGGUCCCAUCCAGAUCUUUGUCCUCUACCAGUCUUUCUAUCCCAACUACCAGCCCAACUAUGCGACAUACAAGAUCAAGACGUGGGCCAACUGUAUGUCCUACGCCAACUCUUCGGUCAACCCUAUAGUUUACGGUUUCAUGGGAGCCACCUUCCAAAAGUCCUUCAGGAAAACCUUCCCGUUUCUGUUCAAACACAAGGUCAGAGAUAGCAGCAUGGCUUCCAGGACUGCCAACGCUGAGAUCAAGUUUGUUGCUGCAGAGGAAGGCAACAAUAAUAAUGCAACAAAUUGAAUCUGACAGUUAGAAAUAACAAGAAAGAGGUUAUUG